AUGAACCCACAGAUAUCAGCCUUCAUCACUGAUGAAGAUGAAGACCUGCUGAACUACUUGAUCAAUGUGGAGGUGAGGGAAGUCAGGCAUCCCUGGGGUUGCUGCACCAUUAGGUUGUACUUCUGCAGCAACCCCUAUUUCCAUGACUAUGUGAUUGUGAAGGAGUAUCCCAUCACCCUCACGAGAUACAAGGUGUCCCGUGCCACUCCCAUUCAGUGGUCCCAGCAUUGUGAACGAGAAGCCUACAACCACAGGCUCCAGGACAGCAGCCCCACCUACUACUGGUACUCUGACCACAGCGUGGCAGGAUUUGGCAGGAUGACUGAGAUCAUCAGCAAGAACCUGUGGCUCAAUACCCUGAAGAACUAUGAGAGGAUGAUGGCCCCCACUGAGCGGACAGGACGGACUCCCCGAGUGCACAAUCAGUUGCAGUAA